AUGACAACCAUCCAAACAUCCUUCUCAUCUCAUUCUUACACGAUUUCGUGUUUGUUGCUUGUCCCAUGCUUCCUCUUUCUUCUUCUUUUAUCCUCUCAAACUCAUUCACAAUGUUUGGAAGAAAUUUCUUGGAACAAGAUCCAAAACGGUCAACGAGUGAUUGGAGUUUCGAGUUUUCACACACUUUUUCUAUGGAAAUCUGUGGCCACUCAAUCUCUUGAAAUGAAUUUGGACACAUCAUCGUCCGACGAGAAUUUGGAUCAACUUCGAUCGAAUUUCUUUCAACAUGUCAAUCGAUCUUCAUUGGUGAUUGGUGUUGAAAAAGACUAUCCGUUGGUUUUGACACAAUUAUUGAAUUUUUAUGGUCUCUCUGUUCAGCAACAAAUAAGUGUCAAGAAAGUUUGGUUGACCGAUGAAUUGUGUCGAAAAGGAAAUGUGUUUGAAGACGUCGAUGGAUUGUUUAUGGAACCGUUUCGAUUCUAUUAUUUCAUGAGAAUGUAUCGAGAGCACUCUGGAAAGAGAAAAACAUUGAAUGAAUUUAUUCAUCCGUCGGAUUUUGUACCAAUUCCUCUCAUGCCAGCAAAUCUGACACUUGUCAAAAAUGUGUGUCAACAUAUUGAAUGGUAUUCAGAACGUUUAGUGAAUAGACCAUUGCGAGAAUUAUCUCAAAAUUAUUCAUGUUCCAAUCAUCCAGAAAUUCAAAAUGCUCAAAUGUUGAGAGUAUUGACAGGAUUUUUGAAUUUUACAAAUCAGGAGAUUCGUGCUUUGGAAUUUGUUCGAAAUUUGACACUUUCUAUCGAUCAUGGUGUGUAUGACAAGUUGGAACCUCAAAUUUUGAAUGCAUUUCGAUCCUAUAACUUUACAAUUCCCAUUCAACUGUCACAAGUCAUGAACCAAUUCUUGAAUUCCACUUGUCAUUACUGUACUGCGACUCUCUGUCCAGAACGUCACUUUACCGAAACUGAACUUUAUUUAAUUGGUGAAAUUGGUAUCAUUUCAUUGUAUCUGUUUGCCUUUCUAGUGACAGGAUGUUUCAAAUCGAUCAUUUUCAAACAACGAUUAUUGACACCCUACUUGCCAAUCGUUGCCAUUAUUAUCAUUUUAUUCUAUUCCAAAUAUUUGGCCUCGUAUUGCUUUGCUGCCUUCCAUUUUGUAUCUUUGACAUUGACUUUGAUAUUUAUUUCCAUUUUUGCAAUGACAGUUUUACGAAUUGUUUACAUGAGAAAUUUAUAUCAAAUUGUCAAAAAUUCGAAAAACAUCAAAAUGCACAAACUAAUGGCAAGUCUUCCUGUUGGACUUGUUUGGACAGGUCUUCUUCCUGCUCUCGUGUCAGUACUCAUCUCCAUGUAUGCCAUUUCCUUAUUUGUCAUUGAACCCUAUCAAGUCGAUGUGUUAAGAAAUAUUGUUCUCGUUGCCAUGUUAUUAGGAGGUUGUUUAUUAGGAAUGGGUGCAGUUCUAUUUGACAUGAUUAUGAAUCGAAAGAAUAUUCAAAGACAUGGAUUUUUGAAAUUUUUAUUUUUCGAUGAUCCCUUCCAUGUUCGAUUUGAUUUAAUGUCUUUGCUCUUUCUAUUUAUGGUUGGAAUUUUGGCAGUUUUAGGAGCGUUGCUUGAUAAUUUUCCACUUUCUGGAAGACCUUUGAAUUUAUUGGUUGCGUUUGGAGCGAGCAUGUCGUGUGGAGGAAAUGCCAUCAUUAUUGAAAUGGUAAAGAAGCUUCUAUUUCGAAAAGAAGCCAUGGUUGAAAAGAAUGGAUUGGAUGGAUUAUUAAGGGAUAAUUCUGAUUUUUAUAACCUUUUUAGGGAAUACAGUGAAAAAGAAUUUGCAUUGGAACAAAUUUUAUUUUGGGAUUUAUUGAAACAAUUAUCGUCGAAUUUUACAGAAUUGAAAUCAAGAAUUCCAGUGAAUGCAUGGUCCGAAAUGAAACGAGAUUUCUUUGAACCGUAUUCCAAAUACGAAUUGAAUUUGCCGUCAAAUGUCAAGAAGCAAUUAUUGACUUUGGACACGACUGUUGGUCAUGUUGAACUUGAAAAUUCAAACCAUUCCAUUCAACAACAACUCUCACGUGGUUCAACCUCUAAUUUACUAUCACCAUUUCGAGAUUCCACUUCAACUCCUUCCACUCCGCAAACUCCAACAUUGAAUUCCAUGACAUCUCAAAUCACUGUCAAACAAGUCGUGGAUAUCAUGUAUUCGGAAUUGUUGAUGAAUAUGAAUGAUACGUUCAUGAGAUUACAAAAAACAAGAGAGUUUAAACGAUGGAAAGAAAUUUAUGAUUUGCAACAUGCAGAGGGAUCGAAGGAAUGA